AUGAACCUAACCGCACUCUUAAACUUUUAUCCUCUCGAGGCUCUAGGCUCCUUCUGGCUGGAUUCCAUGAGUACCUCGUCGGGUUCAGAUACCCUCUUCAGACUAUAUGGAUUUCGGAGUCAAGGAAGACAUUAUGGCACAUUCUCUACAAGCAAGAUCAUCACAGACGUGCUGAAAGAACUGUACAGCGAUGUAUUCGGUGGUUGUUGCGUCACUGUGCCUAUCAAAGGAGCCAUUAUACCUUAUCUCGAUGACAUUGAACCUAAAUCAAAAGCCACAGGAGCUGUCAAUACCAUAGUCAAGGUCCCAGCCCAGCCAGAGUCUGGGGGUGUCAAACUCAUUGGGACCAACACAGAUAUUUUCGGCGUCGAAAAUGCACUCCUUCGGUCCCUUCAUCUCAAGAUAGAUAUCCGUCGUAAUUAUAUGGGGCGAAGUGCCAUCUAUACUUUGUCAAGCGUGGGCCCACAUCCAAUCUACGUGCUCAAAGUUACUGCUGCCCAUGGACGGGAACCGAUUGAAGCAAUCGCCAUGAUCGAGCAAGGCUACGCACAACAGCGGAUGUGA